AUGGAGCAGCUCCUCAGACCUCCCAUCACCGUCAAAGUUAGCCAAUCCCCCGUCACCAAAGACAAGCUGUCGUGUGGAUCAUCAGACUGUUUUAUAUUGACAGCUCAACAGCCUGAAUUCUCUCUGGCCGGCAUCUCACAAAACGCCGUGCUGUUGAAACCGCUCAUGCUGUUGUCCCGCGAAUGUCUUUCGUUGUCUAGCUUGGAUCUGGUCAGACCAGCUGGCGAACUACCAAGUGGUGCAGGUCGCUUCUUCGAGUCCCACAUCCGCAUCCUGGAGCUCGAAGGACGACUGCGACAGGCCCCGAGCGUUCUGAUAGCACGAUCAGACACCACUGGCUAUGUAUAUGCCGUGGAGCGUGCUCAGGCAGGCCGUUAUGUCGUGUGCAAACUUGGGAGUUGGGUGCGCAUCGAGAAGCUGAGCCUGCUGGCAGAGGCUUGUUAUGAGCCCAGGUGCCAUCCCGCUCGUGCUGCGCAGGCCGUGGAUGCGGAGGCCCCGGCAAUCACUCUCAACCAGCACAAGGACAACAAGAAGAAGAGACAGGCCAUCGAGGAGCUACGGUCCAUGGUCUCGAAACGCCCCAGGGCGAUGUCGGUCGCACUAUCGGAGUCCCAGGUAGUGCAGAGCCAGGCGCUCGGCUCGUCGCAGAUCCCAGGCCAAGAGAUACCCACACCUGCCCCUGGUUUGGCAAACGCUGGUCUAGAUGCUGACUCCAUCGUUGCGACGCCUCAAGGAUCCCAACCAGGUCCCUUGGACUCUAACGUCGACACGCAAGCAACCCUGGAAGAGAUACUGCAAACGAUCAGAUCGCAGUAUGCUCAAGCCCUUUAUCACUCCAAGGGGUCUUUGGCGUACUUUGCGAAAGGCCCCUUGUCCAAAGCCCGGUCAGCAUUCCAGUUUGAUUGUGAAACAAACCUGGACAUGAACGAUCUGGUCAACUUCUUGAAAGGCCUUGUGAUAGGCAUCCCGCAGAUCGACAAGAAAUACCGGGAAACGGUGCCAGCACUAAUCGACGACAUGAAGGUCCUGGUGGAGAGCAAUGACGAAGAGGAGCCCAGGCCAAAACGCAGGAAGGCCAAGAAGAUGAAGCUGGGAAAGGACGGCUUGUGGACCAACGAGGUCGACGAUGUGAAGAAGUGGUGGAGGUCCAACAAGCCUGCAGUGCGAGAUGAAGACUCGUCGAUCGACCCUCGAGAGAUAAAAUACCACGUUUCCUUCCUGCGUACUCGCGAGACGCAGCUACAGAUGAUUCUACUCCUCGAGAUAUUGGCAUUGGAAGCCGUACACCCAGCUCAGGAUGCCCAGGACAGUUUGCUGCCUGGUAUAUCAGUGGAAGACCUGCCUAAAGAACAGCCAGUCGGAACUGCGCCGAAGAAAAAAGAAAAGCACGAUUAUUCUUUGCUGGUCAACCUACACGCGGAUCGGAUGAGCAUCUGGCAGUCUACCACGCUCGAUGAGAUGAAAAUGAUUGCGGCAGAAGCGGAAGCAAAGCGUGGCCAGAGCUCUCGAGGGGCGGACAGGGCAGAUUCUGACCCACUCAAGGACUUUUGUAUAGAUAUCAUUGUGCCAUUCUUCGUUGGACGACUUCCCGACUUGUGUGCGGACCUCAACAAGAAGCUAGGAGGACCAGUCGCUGCAUCUCCGCCCAGAUCAAAGAGCACUGCGACCUCCGCCGUUACGAAGCCCAAACCGAAACCCGGCUCUGCUGCCAAACGGCCUACACCAGCUCCAGGUCCCAAGUCGCUCGAGAAGGUAUUCGAAAGUGAUCAACAGAAACGAAAAGCAUCACGUCGACCAAUCGACGUGCUGGCAAGAAUGCGAUCUGCCACACCUGCCGUCAUUCCAGGCUUGAAGCGUGAAGCAAGCGAGCCACUGGGCUUGGAUCGAGUUCCGUCUUACGAUGGCUCCUUGAGGGAAAGGCCGCGUAAUACCCUCUCGAGGAGCGCAUCCAGCGCUGGUGCCGAGGAACUCAAGGCGCAGAAGAAGAUCACACUGGAAGCAGAAUUGCAGGAGGCUAUCUCGGCGCUGAAGAAGCCUAACAGGCAGUUGGCCGGUAGAUCUAUUGUGGAAGAAGUAGAGAAACGUGUCGGGGCACGUGCAGAACAAAAGAAGCCUGUCCGCAAUGCUGCAGCUGCUAGCAGGGUUCAAGUCAAAGCAACCCCGGCGAACUUCCGCUUCAGAGACGCUGUAGCAGGAGAUGCUCGAGGUUUCGGUACUUUCAACGCGCCAAUGCAGAGGACAGGAUUCGACUUGAUACCAUCGUCCAGCUCCGUCAUCCCUGGCACAGCACCUAGAAAAAGCUUUCGUGAUGACCUGCGGGAUGACCUCGCAACUUUUCACAUAGCUAGCACGCCAGACAAAGUGUGUGCAACACCAGCCGCAGCCCGGAUGGGUGCACCCCAGCUCGAACAAUCAAUUGCGAACGAUACAUGCAUCCCACCAUCCUCUCCGAUCAUGUCCAGAAAGAAAGCGACACCUGCUCAGAGCCAUCUCUCCAUCCCAGAGGAGCCCGAUACUGGGCCCUCAUCUCCAGUGCUGCCCCGGAUCUUUGAAACUCCCGCAAAACAGCGGUCCACCCCCUUCCCGACUUCCAUGGACGAGAACAUCACAUCAACACCUCCCAAGCCCCGGCCUAGUAUGGACAUCCUCUUCGUCACGCCGGCGAAGAGAGUUUCUACUUCUGUUCCUGCUGAGACGACAGAGGCGACACUGAACGACACGACUAAAGUCACCAAUAACCAUUCUGCUCCGACUUUAUACGAGCAGAUGGGCUGGAAUAGUGACUACGAUGACCUGUUUUAA